UCGGUGCUCCUCGCCGCCAUUUGAUUGCUGGAGUGGAGAGGCUGCAAAGGAGGCUAGAGAGAACGAGUGGCUGCCUUCCUUUCUCCCAGCCUCCCCUCGUCCUCCAAGCGCUGACCAAAGCCAGCUUCCAAGUCAAGAAAGCACUUUAUUGCCACCGAAUGCAGAAAACUAAGUAUCAUGGAUCUGAAAUUCAAUUCCUCUCGGAAGUAUGUUUCUAUCAGCAUACCAUCAAAAUCCCAAGUUAUGUCGCCACACAUCAAAUCAGUAGAUGAUGUAAUAGUACUUGGUAUUAAUCUCAGCAAAUUUAACAAGGCUACUCAGUUUUUUAUUUGUGUAUCUGGAGUCUUUCUGUUUUUUCUUAUUUAUGGAUAUCUACAGGAACUCAUAUUUUCAGUAGAAGGCUUUAAACCCUUUGGCUGGUAUCUUACAUUAGUGCAGUUUGGGUUUUAUUCCAUUUUUGGACUCAUAGAACUACAGCUUAUUCAGGACAAAAGGAGACGGAUUCCAGGCAAAACCUACAUGAUAAUAGCUUUUCUAACAGUGGGGACAAUGGGUUUAUCAAAUACCUCCUUAGGAUAUCUGAAUUAUCCUACACAAGUAAUCUUCAAGUGCUGUAAACUGAUCCCAGUUAUGAUAGGAGGAGUCUUUAUACAAGGAAAACGUUAUAAUAUUGCAGAUGUUUCUGCUGCUAUGUGUAUGAGCCUGGGCUUAAUAUGGUUUACUUUAGCCGAUAGCACAGUUGCACCAAAUUUCAACCUUACAGGUGUGGUCCUUAUAUCCCUUGCCCUCUGUGCAGAUGCAGUUAUAGGAAAUGUACAGGAAAAAGCUAUGAAGUUGCACAAUGGCUCAAAUUCUGAAAUGGUUUUGUAUUCCUAUUCAAUAGGUUUCCUGUACAUUUUAUUGGGACUGACAUGCACUAAUGGUUUAACUCCUGCAGUAACAUUUUGUUCAAAGCAUCCAGUGCAAACCUAUGGCUAUGCAUUCAUGUUUUCCUUGACUGGCUAUUUUGGAAUCUCUUUUGUCCUGGCUUUGAUCAAAAUCUUUGGUGCUCUUUUAGCUGUAACAGUCACAACAGGAAGAAAAGCAAUGACAAUUGUACUUUCCUUUUUGUUUUUUUCAAAACCAUUCACAUUCCAGUAUGUCUGGUCAGGAUUGUUAGUUGUCCUAGGUAUAUUUCUCAAUGUUUACAGCAAAAAUAUGGAUAAAAUUAAACUGCCUUCACUACGCAGUCUCUGGAAUAAAUCUGUUGAAGAAAGAAAGACCAGGACGUUGUCCCAAACUGUGUAGUGGCUUGUGCCAUAUAUUACACAGGACUGUUCAUUUUUCGUUAUUUCAUUACAACAGUUUCCAGCUGAUUCACUUUCCAAAGGGAAUAAUACUGAAACCAAAGGACCUGAAGGCAUUUAAUCUGCUUGUGGAUGGUGGACAUCAGCAUAUCUCUGAUAGCUUCUCCUUGGUGCACAUGGAUCUCUUUCUAGGAGGGGUACUUUAGCAUGAAUAAUGCUAUUUGACAAUGGGCUUUGAAGAAUGCUGAUUCUUGGGAAACCCUCAUUCCACAUGG